AAAUUUUGUCUUUAGAUCGAUUGGUCUUAUCAGACACGUUGAGCUCCGUUAGGUCGCCCGCCACAGCGAAUCCUUUUCAAUUGUUCAUCUUUUCAUAUAUAUCUUGGGGGAGAUUCAGGUGUGUAAGCUAUCAAUCUUUUCAUCAUCAUUAUUUGAGUAUAUACACAUGCUUAAUUUGUUGUUUUUCUUCAUUUUCCCUGUCAUUUCUUCAAUUUUUCUACUGUCUAAGUUUGAAAUCUUUCUUAAUUUUCUAUUUGUCAGCAAAAUUUUCUAUUUAUCAGCAAAGGAAUGGUUGGAUUUGUAACCCUUAUUACUAAUUUCCUUAUAUUGUCUCUGCCACAAGGAAGAAUUAAUGGCAGCAGGACGUAAGCGAGGACCGCCACCGUCCGAGGAAGAAGUGAAGAGAAAGAGGGAGGAGAAAAAUAGAAAGGAUAGAGAGUAUCGGGCCAAAAGGAAGCGUCAAUUGGAGGAUUGUAUGGAGUUUUGUCAAAAGGCUGAAAUUGCUCCCUUGUUCGAAGCCUUCAUGGAAAAGAGAGAACAAGAGUCCAUGGGAGACUUAAAAUGUCUUGAAGAAGAUUUGGAGGAUGUACCACCGGAUACUUUUGACGAGGAUACUUUUGUUAACUCUUUGCUGGUGGAUCCUGAAAUGUUCCCAGAAAAUUUGGCGGGAUCCUCAAAUGUUGCCUCAGGUUCCAUGAAUUCGAGUGCAACUGGUGGAGUUAGUAACUUGGUAUUACAUGACCCUAUUGUCUCUCCUGCUGAGCCUCAUCAUGACCCUCUUGGCAUGCAAGGAGAAACUAGUGCUGCCGCUGGAUCUUCCAGUGGUCCCACCACCCAGCCCUCACCAUACAAUGAAAUGUUUUAGCUUUACCUUGAUCCCACUUUUAUGUCAUUUCCCUUCGGACAUGUCACAUGGAUGAUGGAGGUUUUUAUGUUUAUGUUUGGCCUAUCGUAGCUAUGGAUUAUGUUGGUGCAGCUGUUAUCUAGAAUGAUAUGAACUUAAUUACUUGAAUACUAAUUAGGCGGUUGUGUUGAAUGGGAUACUUGCAGUGGAUGUUAAUUAUAUAAACUACAUGAUAUUUA